UGUAACUUUGUUAUCUUGUCAAGUCUCCAAAGUUUACUGCAACUUUGUUAUUAUGUCAAGUCUCCAAAGUUUACUGCAACUUUGUUAUUAUGUCAAGUUUCCGAAGUUUACUGCAGCUUUGUUAUCAUGUCAAGUCUCCAAAGUUUACUACAGCUUUGUUAUCAUGUCAAGUUUCCAAAGUUUACUGCAACUUUGUUAUCAUGUCAAGUCUCCAAAGUUUACUGCAACUUUGUUAUCAUGUCAAGUUUCCGAAGUUUACUGCAACUUUGUUAUCAUGUCAAGUCUCCAAAGUUUACUGCAACUUUGUUAUCAUGUCAAGUUUCCGAAGUUUACUGCAACUUUGUUAUCAUGUCAAGUCUCCAAAGUUUACUGCAACUUUGUUAUCAUGUCAAGUCUCCAAAGUUUACUGCAGCUUUGUUAUCAUGUCAAGUCUCCAAAGUUUACUGCAACUUUGUUAUCAUGUCAAGUCUCCAAAGUUUACUGUAACUUUGUUAUCAUGUCAAGUCUCCAAAGUUUACUGCAACUUUGUUAUCAUGUCAAGUCUCCAAAGUUUACUGCAACUUUGCUAUUAUGUCAAGUCUCCAAAGUUUACUGCAACUUUGUUAUUAUGUCAAGUCUCCAAAGUUUACUGCAACUUUGUUAUCUUGUCAAGUCUCCAAAGUUUACUGUAACUUUGUUAUCUUGUCAAGUCUCCAAAGUUUACUGUAACUUUGUUAUCUUGUCAAGUCUCCAAAGUUUACUGCAACUUUGUUAUCAUGUCAAGUCUCCAAAGUUUACUGUAACUUUGUUAUUAUGUCAAGUCUCCAAAGUUUACUGCAACUUUGUUAUCAUGUCAAGUCUCCAAAAGUUACUGCAACUUUGUUAUCAUGUCAAGUCUCCAAAGUUUACUGUAACUUUGUUAUUAUGUCAAAUCUCCAAAGUUUACUGCAGCUUUGUUAUCAUGUCAAGUCUCCAAAGUUUACUGCAACUUUGCUAUUAUGUCAAGUCUCCAAAGUUUACUGCAACUUUGUUAUUAUGUCAAGUCUCCAAAGUUUACUGCAACUUUGUUAUCUUGUCAAGUCUCCAAAGUUUACUGUAACUUUGUAUCUUGUCAAGUCUCCAAAGUUUACUGUAACUUUGUUAUCUUGUCAAGUCUCCAAAGUUUACUGCAACUUUGUUAUCAUGUCAAGUCUCCAAAGUUUACUGUAACUUUGUUAUUAUGUCAAGUCUCCAAAGUUUACUGCAACUUUGUUAUCAUGUCAAGUCUCCAAAAGUUACUGCAACUUUGUUAUCAUGUCAAGUCUCCAAAGUUUACUGUAACUUUGUUAUUAUGUCAAAUCUCCAAAGUUUACUGCAACUUUGUUAUCAUGUCAAGUCUCCAAAGUUUACUGCAACUUUGUUAUCAUGUCAAGUCUCCCAAAGUUUACUGUAAUUUUGUUAUCAUGUCAAGUCUCCCAAAGUUUACUGUAACUUUGUUAUCAUGUCAAGUCUCCAAAGUUUACUGCAACUUUGUUAUCAUGUCAAGUCUCCAAAGUUUACUGCAACUUUGCUAUCAUGUCAAGUCCCCACAUUCCAACGAAAUUGUGCCAUAGCUUGUGCAACAAUAGCGAAUAUAGACAUAUCUUAUAAAUUCUGACUUAAUCAACCAAAGAAUUUAGAGCUGUACACUAUAUAAUGUGACUUCCAAAUAGAUAGAUGGUGCAUGGGCAUGAAUAAAUUUAAUGGGACGAAGAUAAGUGUUUUGUAAACGUUUAUUGAAAACUUAAUACAUCUAGCCAAAU